CCUCUGCGCGACUCCGGCUGGGCAGGAUUCCGGACAACGCCUGGUUCCUCUCGGGUCCUUCCGGCGUCGCCGGAGUGAAUUGAUCCGGGAGUUGAAGAGGGCUGCAAGGUGGGAAGUGAAGUCAGUGCCUCAGUUGCUGCUUUCUCCUCUAAAUCUUGGUCUCUUGUUUGGAAGUGACUAACAGCAUUUUGGCAUGAGAAAGCCCUAAAAAGAGUCUCGCUCUUUUGCCCAGGCUGGAGUGCAGUGGCGCGAUCUUGGCUCACUGCAACCUCUGCCUUCCAGGUCCAAGAAAUUCCCUUGCCUCAGCCUCCUGAGUAGCUAGGACUACAGAAGCCCACCACCGCGCCCGGCUAAUUUAUGUAUUUUUAGUAGAGAUGGGGUUUCUCCAUAUUAGCCAGGCUGGUCUUGAACAAUCCUGACCUCAAGUGAUCCACCUGCCUCGGCCUCCCAAAGUGCUGGGAUUACAGGCAUGAGCCACCGUGCCCAGAUGAUGAGUAUAAAUCUCUAUGUUAUAUUAUUGAGAGAAAGCAAGGAAUUGUCAGUUAAUUGAAACCCUGGGUUAACCAACUCUUGGGGAGGACCUCCUUAACUAGAAUUUGUAAAUAAUUUUUAAUGAUAUGAUGCUUAAAUAAAAAUUUGUCUUAAAAAAAUUCCUGUUAGAUUACUUUGGAAAGUAUAGCUGAUAACAAUAAUGAAGUCUUAUUAUCACUGAAUUUUGGUUCCAGUGAUAAUGUGGCUGGGUCCAGGCUUUGUUAAUAGAAUUAAUUUGAUUUUUGUGUGUGUUUUUAUUUUGCUAGGCAUGCUAUUUGAAAAGUAUUAGCAACACUGAUUCAAUUUAUAAAUUGCCCAUCUCAACUCAUGAAUUUGGUCAUUCAGCAAACAUUAAGUGUCUGUUAUGUGCCUGCUAUGCUGACUCUAAUGUCUCUAUUGGGAAGAAGAAACACACUUAUAAAUGGGAACAUAAACAUAGGAUUCUGCUCACUGCUAGAAUGAACACACUUCUGUUAACUGAAUGUUCAUGCACAUUUUGUUGGAGAUCCAGCAUACAUCAAUCAAUCUUUCCCUUUUUAGAGAGAGAAAUUAUAGGAAUUAUAAGAAUUUAGGGCCAAGAGGGCUAAGUACUGGAUUUUCCUAGAGGGAAAAACAAGACAAAAAGACCUGCCUGCCUACAAACAUUUUAAGUGUAGAAUUACUUAAAAAGCCAUUUUUCUAACCAAGAAGUGCCUGUACCAGUACCAAGAGCUUCUGUUGGUCCACUCCUUUCAUUUGAUAGUAAAUAGCUUUGGCUCUAGACUUAUCUCAAGUCCCGGAUGGAGUAAAGUAAGGCAGUUUCAGGAAAUACUGAUUCUGAGCCCUGAGAUAUACCCAUGUGUAGCUCUUUAAAUGAGCAGACUCGAAUUGGUUAGGGAGGGCAGAAACACCAAAGAUUUAAGAGUUUGGCAGUGGAAUGGCGAAUACCUAUGUUUUGGGGCUUCUUACUCUAAGCAAGUGAUAGUUAUCUUCAGCUCAGGAAGAUAUUUAAAGCUGAUUAUCUUCUGUUAAAAAUUAGCAGUGCUAUUUUGAAUAUUGAAGAAAAUGAGGGGGAAAUUAUAAAUGGGAAGAUUGCUUAUACUCAAUGUUGAUAUCCCGAUAUCACAAUGGGUGUUUUUGAAGAAAAGUGUUUUUAAAAAUAUGCCUUUUGUCUAGGUUCUUAUCAACAUUUCUGGUUCUUGGUUUUUAUUCUGUGGAUGCUAACAGUACACAAAGCUUACUUUGAACUGAAAAUUUCCCUACAAAGCAGCACAUUUGAAAUCUGAGAUGUAAAGUUCUUGCUAUGUUGCCAUCAUACCAACAUUAAAUUUUUAUUAUGUAUUUAGUUAUUAGCUAGAUGUUGUGACCAGGAGCAAGUCACUACACCCUUUUUGGACUUCGGUUUCUGCUGUAGGUAGUGGGAUGGAUGAAAUAACUUUUUAAGGCCAUUUCAGAUGUGGGAUUUGUAGUCAGUCAUCUUCAGUUUUCUGUAUGUGCAUAAUCAGCACCUGCUCCGGAAAAUAGUGUACCUUAGAGGGCGGAAAUUUUGUUAAUGUGCUACCCAGCUGCUGGGACUUGGUCACACUCAUCCUAAAAGGAAGGCACCUUGUCAAAGGGGGACUCAGACCUCACUCAGCUCAGCCAACCCUUGCUGUUUCCAUAGCAGGCUCUUCGUUGCAUGGGGUAAUUGCAGGUUGUCCCUUGAACUAUUUCAAAUGAAGAAGCAUGUGGAAGAAAUGACAAAGGCAUAUUUUAACUUGAAGUUGAAAUUGACAGUAAUUCAAUAUUUUAAAAGCCGUAUUGGAAUUGUUGAUUUUUAAUCUCAUGUAAAUGCUACUAAAACGGUGAGUGACCCCAGUUGUUAAUGUGUGUUCUAAAAAGUUCAGUUUUAAAUUGGUUCUUUGGAGCAUUUUUCAUAAGAACAGUAUUAAAGAUGGCAUGUAUGCCGUAGGCCAGCCACUUACGUAGCCCAUGAUGUUGCCAAAAUACUGUUCUUUUUGUUGACAAAAAAGUACUGCUAAAAAGAACAAAAUACUGUUCUUUUUGUUGACAAGUACUGUAAAGUUAGUUGUAGAGACUAUUUAUUAAACGCCAGUUUUAAAAAUAUUAAAUGCCAGUAUUUACAAAAGGUAAAAAUUAAGUAUUUGAGUAGGUUUAUAGGGGGUAUGUAGGUAGAGAUGUCAGCAGUAAUUCUGAAAGUGACUCUAGCCACUUACCUUAUCCCUUUACCUCUGACAGCCUGUACAUCUGCAGUUACAUGCGUAUGUGUUCAAAAGAGUGAAACACAAAAGUAAUUCCAUUGUGCUUACUUUUCUCAUAAGUAUUUCACCUCCUUUAUACCGAGAUUCUUGAAAACUUAGACUCCUUUCUUACCAGGUCACUCUCUUAGCCCCUGCAGGGAUUUCUCACCCCAGUAUAUAAGUACUCCGCUCUUUGAAGGUUACCUCUUUAACCUCAUCAAGAAAUCAAAUAAUUUUUUUAAAGUUACUUUCCACACUCAGUAGCAUUUAAAACUUUUGGCUACCUUCUUCUGCUUGAAACUCGUUUCGUGAUGCUGGUUUUCUCCAGUUCUCCCAUAGCGAUAUAGCAGUCUGACUUCUCCCUUUUGUGCGCAUCACAGUUGUACGUUUUCUGACUUUCCUUUUAUAAAACACAUUUUAUGGAGUCAGAGACUGUCUUGUCUUGUUCACUGCUCUAUAUUUAAUACUGUGCCUCCUUGUAACCAAUGAAAUAUUUAUUAAAUAAAUAAUUUUUUUUCUGUCACAUAAUGAGAGAGCUCUUCAAGGUCUGUUCUUGUUUUCGUUUGGCCAUUUCUUACUUGAUUUUUCAUUGAUGAUACCAUGCCUUCUGCUGCUGUCUAUAUUCUGCAUUCAUUCUGUCCGUUUCAUUUUAACUGAUAUCACUGCAUUUUAGCCAUCCUCCUUUUCCCCAGGUUUUUUUUAUUAUGAAGUUUUCCCAAUUUAUUUUGAAGCGGAAAAGCAGAUUACCAAGUGACAUUAAGUAGUUAAAUAGGAACAGCAGGGCCACAACUGGUAUUUAUCUACUUCUUUUUGCUUAUUAUUUUGGUCCUGUUUAUUUCUGACAUAGGUAUACUAAGUCUCUUAAGUUUUCCUUGUCGUUAUUCUUCCUCCAUUCUCUCCAUCAUGCUGUGACCAAAGCCAUCUACUUAAAUAAGUUACAUAAUCAGGUAAUGGUGUUCUUUUUCCCCAUAGAACGAAAUUCAGGAACUCGCCUUUUGCUCUUUUUGUUCUGUCAAGUCAUGGAGUAGGUUUCAGGUGAGAAACAGGAAAACUCUUUGAUGUUUAGAACUGUCAGAAAUGGGACUAAACAGUUUCCGUAGGUGUUGCGUUCCCUUUCACUGGUAGCGAUAUGGUGGAAUACUAAGCAGCUUUCCAAUGGAACAGGUUAUUGGAGCUUUUUGAAGCGUCACUGCAGGCCUUUGAUUGUAUCUUUCAAUCUCGUUAGGUCUUACACAUUCUGGCACAGAUUAAUUUUUAAUGAUUAGGAACUGCAUUUCAUACCUAGCGGUGUUAAACAUACUCUAAACAUGUUUAGUGAGUAAUAAAUUCUGGGUACUUUUCUUGAGUAGAUGAGGUGGGGUUCUUUAUUUCCACUUCAAGUUUGGUUUUGGUAUGUGAGAGUAUAAGAUCUGUAUUCAGAGUCCUGGGAUCAAGUCUUGGGUCUCUACCUGUUUGAUCUUGGGCAAGUUAUUUAUUAUCUCUGAGCCUGCUUUAUACUUGUAAAAUUAGAAUUGCAGUUUUUUAAAGCACAUGCAAAAUGUUUUAUGCUAUGAAAAUGCUUUACAAGUAGUAGAAAUUAAUCAAAAAAUGGCUUUUUGUUUAAUAUAGGUAUGUCACUACUGUUAUUCACUUUAUGAUUAGGAUCUUUUUUUUAACCAUAGUAAAGGAAAUAAAUAGUUGUAUUCUCUUUAAAAACUAACAUAUUUCCUUAACACCUCAAGGCAAAAUUUCUUUUAUUGUUGAAUUCUUGAUUUUAAUCCCAAACUACCAGCCUCUCUGGGUUUUUCUUAUUUCUCAGUUUUUGUGUCAGAUUCGGACAACAAUUUCUGUAGUUCUUCUAAAUACCAAAAGGUAUCACUGGCACAAUGAAGUAGCAAGUAUUUUACCAAGUGGAUCACAUUUGGUAGAAUUUUUUUCAAUUUUAUGUUUGUCUGACAUAUUUGGUGCUUGUUAUGUUUGUGUUAUUUUCAGGUGACAAAAUCAAUAAACAAGUAGCAAAAAGGGUUUAAUAAAAAUGCUAAAACACCCCAGUUCGUUCUUCUUUAUUGAUUCUUUAAUUUGUUUUUCUGCACACCUUACACAUCAUGCAUUUCCUGAUAAUAAUUUUAUAUUAUGUAUAAAUAUUAUAAGUAUGUGUCUUAUUCAUAUGUUCUCUUAGAUUGUAUAUGGUGGCAUGACGUACAUCAUUAUUCCGUGGUGCUUCAUAGAGAGCUCUCUGAGUUCAGGUUAAGCAGUGUCUUAAAUCACUGCUUUGUGAGGUCGUACCUAACCAAGGACUUUAGGGAAGGGCAGUUGUUGAGUCUUUGGAGGAAAAGGUAAGUUUCUUGCCAACUAGGUUUGCUUUCACAAGUAGAAUAUAUUAAAAAAUAGCUUUUCAUAAGAUAGGAACUCUGUAAUUUGGAAAGGAAAAUUAUUGGUAUUUGUUGUUUCCCCUUAAUAUGGUAAGUCUCUGUUCUUUCUUCCCCUUUCACCAGAUCAGUGUGUUUUUUGUGUCCAAUUCUUUUAUCACCAAAAAAGAGACGAAAUAUUGCAGUGAAUGAAGAUUCCUCUGCAUUUUAGCACUGCUUUUUCAACUGUAGUUGGCUUUUGAAUGAGGAUGACAAUGGAAGAGAUGAAGAAUGAAGCUGAGACCACAUCCAUGGUUUCUAUGCCCCUCUAUGCAGUCAUGUAUCCUGUGUUUAAUGAGCUAGAACGAGUAAAUCUGUCUGCAGCCCAGACACUGAGAGCCGCUUUCAUUAAGGCUGAAAAAGAAAAUCCAGGUCUCACACAAGACAUCAUUAUGAAAAUUUUAGAGAAAAAAAGCGUAGAAGUUAACUUCACGGAGUCCCUUCUUCGUAUGGCAGCUGAUGAUGUAGAAGAGUAUAUGAUUGAACGACCAGAGCCAGAAUUCCAAGACCUAAACGAAAAGGCACGAGCACUUAAACAAAUUCUCAGUAAGAUCCCAGAUGAGAUCAAUGACAGAGUGAGGUUUCUGCAGACAAUCAAGGAUAUAGCUAGUGCAAUAAAAGAACUUCUUGAUACAGUGAAUAAUGUCUUCAAGAAAUAUCAAUACCAGAACCGCAGGGCACUUGAACACCAAAAGAAAGAAUUUGUAAAAUACUCCAAAAGUUUCAGUGAUACUCUGAAAACGUAUUUUAAAGAUGGCAAGGCAAUAAAUGUGUUCAUAAGUGCCAACCGACUAAUUCAUCAAACCAACUUAAUACUUCAGACCUUCAAAACUGUGGCCUGAAAGUUGUAUAUGUUAAGAGAUGUACUUCUCAGUGGCAGUAUUGAACUGCCUUUAUCUGUAAAUUUUAAAGUUUGACUGUAUAAAUUAUCAGUCCCUCCUGAAGGGAUCUAAUCCAGGAUGUUGAAUGGGAUUAUUGCCAUCUUACACCAUAUUUUUGUAAAAUGUAGCUUAAUCAUAAUCUCACACUGAAGAUUUUGCAUCACUUUUGCUAUUAUCAUUCUUUUAAGAAUUAUAAGCCAAAAGAAUUUACGCCUUAAUGUGUCAUUAUAUAACAUUCCUUAAAAGAAUUGUAAAUAUUGGUGUUUGUUUCUGACAUUUUAACUUGAAAGCGAUAUGCUGCAAGAUAAUGUAUUUAACAAUAUUUGGUGGCAAAUAUUCAAUAAAUAGUUUACAUCUGUUAAA